UGGAGGUGGCAGUGUGCGUGGGGACCCUGAAGUGUGAACAAGCAGCAAGCUUUCACAAAGUUUCCAGUUCUCUCUUGCAUGUCCUGUUCCCAACUCUGCCGAUUACCACAUAUUAAAGUUUUAGCAUAAGUUCCUGGGAUUCCCUCCUUGCUUCAGAUUUUUUUCUCUUUAUGGAGAUGAAUGAAGUGCCUAUAACCCGCUCUAUCCUAAGUGUGAACUCCCAGCAGAAGUUCAAAGAAAAGAACAAUAUUAAGAAUACAUUUCAUUCAAAUGAAUUGUCAUUCAAUGAGCAGAGACAAAAAUACCAAAAACAUAGUAAGAAGCACAAAAACACAGCAGAAGGCAUCCUUGAGGAAGACAAUUUCUCACUUCCAUGGAGGCUCAUCUCUAGUGUGCUUGGUGUCACGUGCCUUCUCCUGAUGGCUGUAGUCAUAGCGAUGACUAUUUUCAGUACAAACUUAUCUCCUGAAAGAACAUGUCCCAUGAUCCAGCAAAAAGGACCUCAUCAUCCCUGCCCAGAGAACUGGGUCUGGUUCAGAUGCAGCUGUUAUUACUUCUCCAAGGAAGCCCUAAGUUGGAGAGACAGUCAGCAAGCCUGCUUGUCUCUCAAUUCCAGUCUCAUAAGGAUAAGCAAAAAGGAGAUGGAUAUUUUCAGGUUGAAGACUUUCUUUUGGGUUGGAGUUUACUAUAAUGAAGCCAGCAGACAGUGGCUGUGGGAAAACCAUUCGGUUCUUCCCUCUGAGAUGUUUUGGGGUCUUGAAACCAAUAAGCAAGACUACUGUGUAUCUUAUAAAUCAAAAGGAACUUAUUUUGCAGAAAAAUGUACAACUGAACUGGGAUAUAUUUGCAAGAAAUACAAUAUCUAAUCCCAUGAAGUCACACAAGACAUGAAAAUUAAAUAUCUCUUCUCAAACUUUUUGGGUGCUUAUUUUCUGAAGAAAACAUUGCAAAUGUUUGUCUUUGCUUAAAUAAAAUUAUAUUCAAAUACA